CUUGAUCAAAAAUAAAGACUUUUCUGAUAAUUGUCAAGCUUGGUUACAUCAGAAAAAACCUGAGUCGUGUUCUCCUAAUGCAUUAAAGAUGUAUAUCGAAGGGAUAGUAUUUCUUCAAAUGGUAGAACAGAUUAAAAAAAACACUAUUUCUGAAAGAACAUAUCGAACUUAUAUGCACUUGUGGGGAUUUAGAUAUGAUGAAAAAAAAAAGGGAAUUUAUUAUGAUGGACAUGAGCGAUCAGAUGUAGUGAUUUAUAGAAGAGAAUGGCUAAAUAGAAUGUUUGAAUAUAGGAAAUAUAUGAAAAGCUUUAAUGGCAAGAUGUUAGACAUUGUAAUAGAACCUCAGCUUGAAUCUAGUAAAAAAGAAUUAGUUCAAGUAACACAUAAUGAAUGCCAUUUUUAUGCAAAUAAUGAUCAACGGAGAAUAUGGAUUGGAAAAGAUAAAGAUAUCUUACGUCCAAAAGACAAAGGACGACUUGAGCCCAUAAUGGCCCCCAACGCCUCACGGAUGCUUCCCGAAAGCGACCUCCGCCUCUGUGGAUCCGCGAAAGAGAAAAACGCUAUCAGUGGUAAAAACGGCAAAAUUAAAAAGCCACCGAGACCUCCAAAUGCCUUCCUCCUUUAUCGUCGUGCCUAA